UUAAUUUAUGUAAGAGAAAAUCUAUGUCAUGUCUUAACAGCCACAGCUUUUUCACUGAGACCAACUCUCAAAAACUGAAACAAUCUGGAGUAACUCCAAAAUGCCAGGAGCUCCGUUGUCUCUAACCUCCAAACCACCAUCACCACUGCCAAUUAUCACCCCUCUCCGCCACCAACUCCAAUCGCUCACCACCGUUCGUUUCAGUGCAACCACCGUUACAACCACAGCAAUGCCAGACCACCACCCUUCACUUGAAAUCACUGGUGGAGCAGUUGAUCGUUUUCUCCCUGCUUUCAAUACGCUUCACCUUACUUACAAGCCUUUUCCUAUAGUUGGUUGGAACUGCCAUAUUGAGACCUUAUUCGCCGCCUUUUUCCGUAAAAUCCCCGAGGUCAGGUACCGCCGUGAGUGCCUCCGGACCAAAGACGACGGCACUAUAGCAUUGGAUUGGGUCUGUGGCGACCACCGCAGCUUGCCUGCUGACUCUCCUAUCCUUAUUUUACUGCCUGGACUAACAGGGGGGAGUCAGGAUUCAUAUGUGAAGCAUAUGUUGGUGAAAGCUAGGAGCAAAGGUUUUAGGGUUGUGGUGUUCAAUAGCCGGGGUUGUGGAGAUAGCCCUGUUACCACUCCUCAGCUCCAAUCAGCUUCAUUUACAGGAGAUACAUGUCAUGUAGUAGAUCACGUUUCCUCCAGGUACCCCAAAGCAAAUAUUUAUGCUGUUGGUUGGUCACUAGGAGGGAAUAUCCUUGUUAAUUAUUUGGGAAAGGAGUACAAUAACUGCCCUCUCUCUGGUGCUGCAUCACUGUGCAAUCCUUUCAAUUUAGUCAUUGCAGAUGAAAACCUCCGUAAGGGCUUCAACAAUAUUUAUGACAGAGCACUUAGGGGAGGCCUUAGUAAAAUUUUCUCAAAACAUGCUUCCCUCUUUGAAGAUACGCAUGAUGACUAUAAUGUCCAAGCGGGUUUAAACCCCCAGACUGUCCGGGAAUAUGAUGAAGCAAUAACGCGCGUUUCAUUGGGUUUCAAGUCAGUGGAUGACUAUUACUCAAAUUCAUGUAGUUGUCAUGUCUUACAACAUGUUCGGAUUCCCUUGCUUUGCAUCCAGGCUGCAAAUGAUCCGAUUGCUCCUAUUGAGGGAACUCCUCGUGAAGAUAUCAAGGGAAAUCCAAACUGCAUGUUGAUGGUAACACCCCAAGGUGGUCAUUUGGGUUGGGUUGCAGGCGAUGACGCUCCCUUUGGAGCUCCUUGGACUGAUAAUGUGGUGAUGGAUUUCCUUGAGCAUCUGCAAAAAGAUGCAUCGAAACCCCGAGCAUCUUCUAUUAGCGGAGAAGGUAUUCAGCAGGGUUCAGAGGGCUUCCAUCAGGCGAAAGUUUAGUUUGCAAAAGCAUGUUUACAAAUAU